CAUUUUUUGAAGAUCGGGAUUCCUUUAGCUGUUCAAUCUGCCUGGAUAUACUGAAGGAUCCAGUAACUACUGCCUGUGGACACAACUACUGUAUGGGCUGUAUUGAGGGCUGCUGGCAUCAGGAUGAUCUGAAGGCUGUCUACAGCUGCCCAGAGUGCCGACAGACCUUUGUCCCAAGGCCUGUUCUGAGCAGAAACACUUUGCUUGCUAAAAUGGUGGAUAAACUGAAAACUAUUGGUCUUCAAGCUACUUCUCCUGCACACUAUUAUGCUGAACCUGGAGACGUGGAGUGUGAUUCCUGCACUGGAAGAAAACACAAAGCUGUCAAAUCCUGUUUGGUGUGUCUGGCCUCUUACUGCGAGCCUCACCUCCAGCCUCACUAUCAAUCUCCUGCCUUUAAGAAGCACAAGCUGGUCAAAGCCUCCUCACAACUACAGGAGAAUAUCUGCUUUCAUCAUGACAAACUGCUGGAGGUUUACUGUCGCACCGAUCAACAGUGUAUCUGUUAUCUGUGUACGAUGGAUCAACAUAAAGGCCAUGAUACAGUCUCAGCUACAGCAGAAAGGACUGAGAAACAGAAGCAGGUGAAGGGAAAUCAACAGAAAUCCCUGCAGAGAAUCCAGAUGAGAGAGAAGGAGAUGCAGGAGCUGAGACAGGCUGUGGACUAUCUGAAGCACUCAGCACAGGCAGCAGUGAACGACAGUGAGAAGAUCUUUACUGAGCUGAUUAUCUCCAUUGAGAGGAGGCACUCUGAAGUGAAGGAGCUGAUCAGAGCCCAGGAGAAGGCUGAAGUGAGUCAGGCUGAAGGACUCCUGAAGCAACUGGAGCAGGAAGUGGCUGAGCUCAAGAAGAGACAUGCUGAGAUGGAGCAGUUCUCCCACACUGAGGACAACAUCCAGUUCCUUCAGAGGUUCAAAGACCAUAGUACCCCCCCCUGUGUCUGAAGAGUUACCUGCCACCAUCCUUAACCAAGGUUGUGAUUUUAAGAUGGUGAAGGAAUCUGUCUCAGAACUCAAGAGGCAGGUGGAGAGCCACUGGGAGAAGGAAGCAAUGAAGUUAUCAACAGC